CUUCGACUGUCUAUAAAUGCUACGCGUACUUCAUGUGAUGUACCUUUCUCUUAAAGAACGAAACCAACGCACAACAACUUGAUCGAGGAGAUUUUCACGUUGGUUUAAGGUCUGCCAUUUUGUAGUCAUGGCGCUGCAUUACUCUCCACAACUGUUUGAUGUAAACACGAAUUCUCAGUUGAAGAUGUUGAAUUUUAUGGAGAGUACAUCGUUCUUUGACAAGAGCUGUGGUCAACAAACGGCGAAGUUUUUCAAUGGCUUUCCUCAACCGUUUGGAUUUGACGAUAGAGCGAACAUUUUAGAAGCUCGUUCUGCUCCAACAAGCAAUUCAGAGCUCUUCACUAAUGGUAUAUUUGCCUCGACAAAUGGGAUUCCUAGCUUUGGGCUGUCAAAUGGCCUCGGAAAGACCCAUGAUGUAACAGCCAUAAGCAAUGGUUAUGUUGAUUACCAAGUGAUAUCUCGCAAUGGUAUUCAUGGAACAGAGAAGCGUGAACCAAGCCCAGAAUUGACGGUCGGUCACGGGAGACCAAAGUCUUCGCCGAGGCAACAGAAGCGAAGCGGCUCAGAUUUUGAAAAUGGCGAGAAUUUGAGUUACGGCUUAUUCCCGUUUACUCCAGAGACAAGCGACAAACUGAAGCAAAUUGAAACUCCAAGACAUGGUGUGACCAGCGAGAGACAGGGCACAGCCGACGUUAUCAACUCGCAAGUGCUCUCGGGUCUCAAUUCAUCAUUCGCCUUCAGACUUGGUGGCAAGGAGGGUAUCGCAGACCCAAUUCCUCGAAGAUGGUCCGAUGUAAGUCUUGAAAGGUAUUCAUCGAAAUCUCCACCUUUGCAUGGCAAAGCUCCAGGCUACCUUCAAAGGGCGUCCGUCAGGAGUCAUUCCGAAAGCGAAGUCGUUUCAUCAGGCUCCAACCUGAACGGACGUCAGCAAAUUCUACGCAGAAAUGUCCCAGAAGGAUCUUUGGGAUCCCAGCCAAAACUUGGAGACCUUCAAGAAAGUAUUCUUCAACUGUUGCAAAUGCAUGAACCGCUGGCACCCUUGCAGAUUGUCGAAGCUUUGGGCCGUGGGACACGGGACGAGAUUCACCAGGCGCUUUGUGCACUCCAUACCAAGGAACGUGUCAAAGCUUUCCAAACCAAUGGGACGACAGUAUGGGCCUUGAUUUCGCAACCUACCUGUGAUUGGCGAGCGAGUCCAGGGGUCAUCGGUGGCGAAAGAAACAAGAAGUUUUUUGGACGAGGUUCUUUUGAAGAACUCUACGGGCUACCAAGGAGGAAUUUUUCUGUUCUUGGAUACGAUAAUAGACCAAGGAAAGCCCCACGUGCCAUCGAUGGCCAGAAGGUAUGGCUGCGUUCUAAUGGACACAGUCCAACACCAGUUGAAAAGAAUUCUUGGACUUACUGCAGAUUGUGCAAAUUUUCGUUUGCCUCGGAAUCACAAUAUGAGGAGCACCUUCGCACUACGAAGCAUCAAAACAAAGUGGCCAAGUUUAGUCCGACUUCCUACAAGAAGUACUGCGAGUUCUGCAACGUGAACCUGAAUUCCGAGUCGCAAGCCAACGAGCACUUCAACAGCGCUAGACACGAACAGACUGUGGCCAAGUCGCAAAAAGCACCCCCACAGCAACAUCUGCCACUGAUCAAAGCCUCCAAGGAAUUUUUCAUGGAGCAGUUCACAAGCACCCAGCCGUUUAACUACCAGUUAGAGUUGUAUAGCAAAGCUAUGUUGACCAAUGGAGUUUGCUUUUUACCAACUGGAACGGGGAAAACACUUGUUGCUGCUCAGGUCAUUGCCCACAUGCUGAAGUUAAACCCAUCUCGACAAGUGGUGUUCUUGGUGGAUCGAGUUCUCCUUGUUCUCCAACAAAGCGACUACCUUAGAAAGGAAAUGGGACAUAUUCGAGUAGCAGACGAGCGAGGGUCUUUUGAGAGCACCAGGUCUAUCCGCAUUGGAGCGGUCUGCGGGGAAAUGAGGAAACUGGAGGGAAACGCACGCAUUUACGAGCAGGACGUGCUGAUCAUCACAGCCGACUGCUAUCGGAAUCAUCUGAAUAAUGGCACCCUUCGCUUUGACGACGUGUCUUUGAUUGUGUUGGAUGAAGCACACCAUUGCAACAAGGAUCAUCCCUACAACGUCAUUAUUCGGGACUUUUAUCUCCAGGAAGAUGUCCAUCUGGGGCAUCGACCCAAGAUCCUUGGACUGACAGCAUCUCCAGCUGGGGAGACGUCUUUGGAAAAAACCACCAGAAGAUUACAAAGGCUACUGGGAAACCUCGGAGAGGCGGAGCUGUUAGUCGUGACGAGGAAUGGGCUAGAACUGGAAGAGAAGACCAACAGGGCAACUCCUGACUGCAUCUCUGCUUCGUACACCACUCAAGAGAGUAAUCUCUUGGAAAUUCUCGUGAAAUAUGUCACUAAAGCGUUCAACCUGACCGUUCGUUUGAGCGACAUGAAGGACUUCAAAGACAUUUUUCAACCUUCCUCUGGUGGUCCGUUCAGCUUCGAUGACAUCUACCCAGUUCUUGGUGUCAUUGACAAUAUCUUACUCUCGCAACCUGAGUCCAACGCGUUGAACGCCUUGCUUCACUUCCAGCUGCUCUGUGAGGCUGUAUGCACUUUGCAGGAGUGUGGUGAACAAAUAGCGUUGUAUCAAAUGACAGAGCUUGCACAAGAGGCGUGUCCUCACGGCUUCCAUUGGGCAGAAAGUAUGGGUCUUCCCUGCGGCGAAGUCAGGGCAUAUUUGGAGCAUUAUCUCAGACAAGGUUUUCCAUCGAUCAUUGAAUGUAGAAACUCAGGAGCAGAGCGGCUCAUGGAACAGUUAGUGAGAAUAAACUGGACCGGAGUUAUCGGUCGAAGCAGUUGUCUUGCCCUGGUACUCGUCAAACGACAACACACUGCACGAUGUUUGUCGGAGUAUCUUUCAAAUCAAGGCGAGCUUAUUUCUCGCGGUGUAAGGACCACAUUCAUAAAUGCUGGCAGAUCAGUGGAUAAAGGACUGACUUAUCCCUUGGAAAUAGACCCAGUCGCACAAACACGCGAGGGAAAAUUUCAGAUUGUCGUCACUACAAGCUUAGCCGAGGAGGGACUGGACCUCCCCGAGCCCCAGUGGGUGUUCCAUAUGGAUCCGUCAAGCCCGGUCCAAGCCCUCCGGGAGAUACGCGGUCGAGCACCCCUAAAUGGAUCCAGGUUUGUUGCUAUCUGCCGGAACAACGAACAGACCAAGAAAAUUGACGAUUUGUUAAAGCGAGAGGAAAAUAUGAAGCGCUCCUCAAAACUCAUAAUAAGUAAUUUGUGAGUAAUCUGUUAGUUUCAAAUGAAUCUUUCAGUCCAGUCCACUAAUCUUAUUUUAUCGGGUGUUCAAAUGUUAAAAAAUCGAUCGAAAUAUCGCUGAGUUAAUGUAUCCUGGCUGUUUACGAAGCCCGACUAAAUCAGGAAGUGCGGCGUCUUUGUAAGAACAAUGUGUUCGAACCCAAAUUUACCAAAAAAAAAGACUCAUAAUCUUUAAAAGUAUAGGGAAGGAAACAUGAAAUUACAUUCACGAGUUGCAAGGAAAAUCGUCAUAUACGGGA